AUGGACUCGAACGCUCGGUUCCGGCGCCGCGUCGCCGACGAUGAAGAGGCCGGUGUCGCCGUGAGCCCGCGCUCGGCCAUGCGCAAUUCUGCGCCGCGCUUCGCAUGGAAGCUGCCGCUCUGUCUUCUCUUGCUCGGCUGCCUCCUUGUGUGGAGCCUCUCGGCGGGCGGGGAGCACCCAAGUAGCGAGCCCCAGCUGCGCAAGGUCAUGGCGCCGCAUACGACGCUUCGCUUUUGCGGCGUCCAAAAGAAGAUGGUCCUUCGCGAUGACCAGAUCAACGACGACUACUGCGACUGUCUCGAAGACGGCCUCGACGAAGCUGGGACAAGCGCCUGCUCGCACAUCGUGCCCGUGGUCGAGUUUACGUGCAAGGACGCGGCCAAGAUACCAACGACCGUCGUACAUGAUGGCGUUUGUGACUGCAGCCUCUGCGAAGACGAAGCCUAG